CCUCUUGGUGAAUACUAAUUAAUCUCGCAUACAGAUCAGAGGAUGAGCACUUCUUCCAUGGCCUUUCAAUUAGGAGCUUCUUCCUCUCUCUCAUUCUCUUCUUCUUCCAUUCGUAGAUGGACUCACGAUGUAUUCUUGAGUUUUAGAGGUAAGGAUGUUCGCCAAAACUUUAUUUCUCAUCUAUACCAUGCUUUGCAUCAAAGGGGAAUCAACACUUACAUAGACAACAAUCUCGAAAGAGGAGAGGAAAUUUCGUCAGAACUUUCCAAAGCAAUUGAAGGAUCAAUGAUUUCUAUCAUUGUACUCUCUAAGAACUAUGCAGAGUCUCGAUGGUGUUUAGAUGAGCUAUUGAAGAUCCUCGAGUGUAAGGAAAUGGUAAAACAAAUUAUUUUACCCUUGUUCUACGAUGUAGAUCCGUCAGAGGUACAACAUCAAAAAGGGAGUUUUGGAGAAGCAUUUGCCAAACUUAGAUAUAAGUUGAAGGAUGAAGUAAAGGUCACAAAGUGGGAGGCAGCUUUGGAAAAAGUAGCCAAUUUGUCCGGACUCGAAUUAGGGGACAGGAAGGAAUCAGAGUUUAUUCAAGAUAUCAUUAAAUGGGUGGAUUCAAUAAUGGUAAAUCGUACAUUUCUUAAGGUUGCUAAGCAUCCAGUUGGAAUAGAGUCCCGCGUACGAGACAUUUUUCAACAUUUAAAUAUGGGAAGGAAUGAUAUUAUAUGCAUGAUAGGGAUAUUUGGAACCGGUGGAAUUGGUAAGACAACUAUUUCAAAAGAGGUCUAUAACAGGAUUUCUUACAAAUUUGAAGGAAGUUGUUUCUUGAAAAACAUUAGAGAAACUUCAAAAGUAGGAGGUCUGAUCCAGCUACAAAAGACACUUCUUUAUGAGACUUUGGGAAUAAGUUUGGAAUGUCACGAUACUGAAAAAUGCAUCAAUGUAAUUAGGCAUAGACUUUGCUUUAAAAGAGUUCUCCUAAUUCUUGAUGAUGUGGAUGACUUGGUUCAACUCGAAACAUUGGCUGGAGCUCGUGAUUGGUUUGGCUCAGGAAGUAGAAUCAUCCUAACAACAAGAGAUCAACAUUUAUUAAAUAUAUCUAAAGUUGAUUCAAAAUAUGAAGUAAAGAGAUUGGACCAUAAUGAAGCUCUUGAGCUCUUUAGUUGGCAUGCUUUUGAGGAAGACAAACCUAUUGAAGAUUAUGUGGAACUCUCUAAGCAAGUAAUGCAAUAUGCUGAGGGCCUUCCACUAGUUUUAACAGUGCUAGGCUCAGAUUUAAGGGGUCAGAAUAUAAAUUAUUGGAGAAGUACAUUGGAUAAGUAUAAACGAAUUCCUAGCAAAAAUAUUCAAAAAGUACUUUGUAUAAGUUACGAUGGAUUGGAUGAUAAUGAGAAGGAGAUUUUCCUCGAUAUUGCCUUCUUUUUCAAUGGACAAUACCUGGAUCAUGUCGUUAAAAUAUUAGAUAGUUGUGGUUUCUCUCCGGAGAAUGGUAUCAAAAGGCUUAUAGAUAAAUGUCUCAUUACAAUUACUACUUACAAUACAUUGUGGAUGCAUGACUUGCUACAAGACAUGGGAAGAGAAAUUGUCCGAAAGGAAUCACCCAAAGAACCAGGCGCACGUAGUAGAUUAUGGUUUCAUGAAGAUAUUCGCCAUGUACUAGAGGAAAAUACUGGAACAAACAAUGUUGAGGGGAUAGAAGUGAUUCUGCCUGAGGGCAAUGAUCAUGACAUGAUACGCUUGAGUCCCAAAUCAUUUGCAAAGAUGAAAAGACUCAGAUUUUUUAAAAGCCAUGGUGCAUACUUUUCUGGAAGUUCGCUUGAUUAUCUUUCUAAUGAAUUAAGAGUGCUUGAUUGGUCAAACUGUCCUUUACAAUCUUUGCCAUCUAAUUUCCGUGGAGAGAAGCUCUUUGAUUUCAAGCUAUAUAGAGGCCGCAUCCAGAAGAUUAGCGGGCAAUUUAAGAACUUGACGACAAUGAGACUUUUUGAGUGUAAGUUCAUAACCAAAAUCUCUAAUCUUUCGAGUUGCUCAAGUUUAAAGGAAUUGGAUAUUAUAGAUUGUGAAAAUUUAGUCGAAGUUCAUGAUUCUGUUGGAUUCCUGGAUAAGCUUGCUCGUUUGCGUCUUUAUAAAUGCUCCAACAUGAAGAGUUUUCCAAGGCGUCUCAAGUUGAGAUCUCUAGAAGUCCUUACACUUUUUAAUUGCUCAAAACUUCAAACCUUUCCAGAAAUUGAGUGUAUAAUGGAAUAUUUAUGUUUCAUCUCAUUAUGGGGCACUCCAAUAAAAGAAUUGCCUUCAUCCAUUGGAUACCUCACUCCUGCGCUUAAAGAGUUAUUAUUCUCGCAAUGCACAAAACUUAUGCGUCUCCCUAGUAGCAUUCAUCAGUUGCAAAAUCUAAAGGUGCUAACUUCUCUCAGUGACAGUAUUAAUGGAUGCUGCAAGGACCUGAUGCGUCUCCCAAUCAGCGUUUCUCACUCGCAACAUCUAAAGUGUUUUUCUCUAGAAAAUUUUACAAAUCUUGCAAAAGAAGAAAUAGGUCUAUCCUUUGGGUACUACACGUGUCUUAAUCCUUCACAAAUAACAUUAUCUAGAACGAUUAAGAGGUCUGAACCAGAAUCAAGUACUGAAUUACGACGACAACUCUUGUCGUCGCUUAAUCGGUACCUUGACGACUUCUCUAUUUAUAACACAUCCACUUUGCAAGAGUUAGAUCUAUCUUGGAGUGCUGUUAUUGUGCCAUUGUGA